AUGGCUCAACAUUCACCAAGCCUUAAGCGCCUGAAGGAAGCAAUUCCUGACUCAUGUUUCGCCCCGUCCCUUUGGACCUCUCUCGGCUACCUAACCCGCGAUAUCCUCUACGCCGCAGCUCUCAUAUAUGCGACAACCUACAUCCCGUUGUUGGAAAGUGGUUCUCUGCGGUUCCUCGCAUGGUCUAUCUACAGCCUCCUGCAGGGGUUCGUGGGCACCGGCCUAUGGAUUCUAGCGCACGAAUGCGGCCACGGCGCCUUUUCCUCAUAUCCCCGGCUGAAUGAUAUCAUCGGCUGGAUUCUGCAUUCCAGCCUGCUGGUGCCCUACUUCUCCUGGAAGAUCACGCAUGCGCGCCAUCAUCGGUACUCAGGACACAUGGAGAAAGACACCGCAUUCGUUCCACCCACUCAAGCAGAGUAUGCGGCCAAGCGCCGCAGGCGGAUUGAUGCCCUGGAGGAUCUCGUCGAAGACACCCCCCUCAGUACCCUGCUGAGAUUUGCAGCCCACCAGUUGCUAGGGUGGCAGGCUUACCUCUUUUUCUACGCCACCGGGGGAAAGGCAGCGAUAGCCCAUCCGAAGACCCAGACUCGCACUUCCCUCCCCCUCUCACAUCUCUCCCCGGACAGCCUACUGUUUCACCCCAAGCAGCGACCAUACGUCCUGCUUUCCGAUCUCGGUCUCGCCCUCACCAUCUCGGGUCUGGUGCACCUAGGCUCCAUUUUAGGACCAUCACAAGUGAUGCUCCUGUACUUUCUACCCUAUUUCUGGGUCCACCACUGGAUAGUGGCAAUAACCUACCUCCACCACACCCACCCGCAAAUCGCGCACUAUUCCUCCGAGACCUGGUCCUUCACGCGGGGUGCACUGGGCACCGUCGACCGCAGCUUCGGCUUCAUCGGCCGGCAUUUCUUCCAUCACAUCAUCGACCACCAUGUCAUUCACCAUCUGUUUCCCCGCAUCCCGUUCUACCGGGCCGAGGAUGCUACCCUGGCCAUCAAGCCACUACUGGGGGCGGAGUAUCUCGAGCUGCGGGAGGAGAACUUUCUAGUCACGCUUUGGCAGACGUUUCGGCGGUGUCGGUUUGUGAGUGAUGGAGAUGAUAUGAGGAAGAAGUCUGGUGUGUUUGAGUGGAAUGUGGUUGUGGGUGAGUGUGGGGGUGGGGGUUUGGGUGAGUAA